GACUAGACAGCUCGCGCGGAUUGAGUGGGCGGGCGCGCGCGCCCGCCGAAGUUCUGCAGUUGGUCGCCAAUCACGCAGAGGCUCGCGCACGUUCCCAACCGCCGCAGUAGCCGGGUCGCUGAGGGGCGGGGCGGCUGUAGCGCGUUCCCCGCCGCCGGCCCGGGAGGAAGGAGCGGCGGGGCGCGCAGGUGACUUUGUCCGCUGGUGGCGACGAUGCUGCUGCCGCCGCCGCCCGUGAGAAGGGAGCAGGCGGCCGCGAUCCCCGCCGGAAUGAGCAGCCACCGAGCCACCCAGCAGCCACCGCAGCCCCGCCCGCGGCAGCACUAGGACUCCCCUCCCGACCCCCCUCGGCCCAGCCCCGGGGUCUGCCACUGCCGGCGGAGGGAGCGGGGUGGAGUAACCCCACCCCCGCUGGGUGAGGGGCAGGAACACCCGGGCUCGCAGCGCUGAGGCAGCCCCUCCCACCGGUCUCCGCGCCCCCGUUUCACCUGCGCAGCGGGGAAGGGAGCACCGGAGCCCUCAGCGAGCCGCUCCCCUCCCCUGCGCGGUGCAGUGUUUACCGCUACUGCAGCCCCAUACCCAGCGCCCACCCGGAGCCCCCGCCCUUCCGAUAGCACCCCUGUGUACUAGCCUCUCGCUCCAGCUUCCCGAGCCCCCGCCGGUCAUCUCCUGCUGUCACACACUCCCCACAUCCCUCCGCCCCAACCCCAGCCCCUUCCCCGCCACCGCCGGCCGGCUCGCCCGAGGCCCUCUCCCUUGGCUGGCCCCGCUGUGCGCUCCAUGGGAGUCUCCUACCUCCCGCUGGGAAGUGCUGCCGCCGCCGGCUACUGCUGGGAUUAGGAGGCAGCAGCCCCCGUCCAGGAGGAGGAUGUCACUGCUCGGGAAGGUGCUGCGGGUCUCCAAUCGCUCCAUUCUCGCCUUUAUCUUCUUCUUUUCCUUCUCAUCAUCGUGCCUCUACUUCAUCUAUGUGGCCCCUGGGAUAGCAAACACCUAUCUCUUUAUGGUGCAAGCUCGAGGCAUAAUGUUGAGAGAAAAUGUGAAAACAAUAGGACAUCUGAUCAGAUUGUACACUAAUAAAAAUGCUACUCUGAAUGGCACAGAUUAUCCUGAAGGCAACAAUUCCAGUGACGACCUUGCUCAAACAACAAUGUAUCUUCCAGAAAACUUCACAUAUUCUCCUUACCAGGCUUGUCCAGAAAAGCUGCCUUACAUGAGAGGCCUUAUCAGCAUCAACAUGAGUGAAAUUAGUUUUGAUGAAAUUCAGGAAGUAUUUUCAAAGGAUUUAGACAUUGAGCCAGGUGGUCAUUGGAAACCAAAAGAUUGUAAACCAAGAUGGAAGGUGGCAAUCCUCAUUCCUUUUCGCAAUCGCCAUGAACAUCUUCCGAUUUUUUUCCGGCACCUCAUACCUAUGUUACAGAAGCAACGGUUGGAAUUUGCCUUUUAUGUUGUUGAACAGAGUGGUACGCAACCUUUUAAUCGUGCAAUGCUCUUUAACGUUGGCUUCAAAGAGGCUAUGAAGGAUGUUGCCUGGGACUGUGUAAUUUUUCAUGAUGUAGAUCAUUUACCUGAAAAUGACCGAAAUUAUUAUGGAUGUGGAGAGAUGCCACGUCAUUUUGCAGCAAAGCUGGACAAAUACAUGUACAUUCUUCCAUACAAUGAGUUCUUUGGUGGUGUAAGUGGCCUGACAGUGGAACAAUUCAAAAAGAUCAAUGGAUUUCCAAAUGCUUUCUGGGGAUGGGGAGGAGAAGAUGACGAUCUUUGGAAUAGGGUUCAUUAUGCUGGAUACAAUGUAACAAGACCAGAGGGAGACCUAGGGAAGUACAAGUCCAUUCCUCAUCAUCACAGAGGUGAAGUCCAAUUUUUAGGACGGUAUAAACUCCUGAGGUAUUCCAGAGAGCGUCAGUAUAUUGAUGGGUUGAACAAUUUAAUAUAUACUCCUAAAAUACUCAUCAGUAGAUUUUAUAAAAAUAUAACUGUAAACCUCAUACCAGAGCUAGCUCCUGUUAAAGACUAUUGAUGGAAGUGGAGUGGCAAGCUACACGCCUGGAGUUCAAACUUGUAACACUGGAAAAUACAAAUUAAAGACAUAUGAAAAGACCUUAAAUUAGGUCUUUUUGACUAUUUGAUGAAAGAUGUUUGGGAAGAGAAGAAAAAUGACUGCAUGUGUUACCAUGCAUUCUAUUAUGAAAAGAAAUGCCAGCAGCUACUACUCAAUGUUUACAGCAUGGACUACUAUAUUCAAGCCUUGUUUCACCAUAUUCUCUAUCUUAAGCCACUCAACUAUAUAUACUGCAGAAAACAGAUCUGUAGCUUGUUUGGAAGCCAAGAGAGAGGCCUUUUCUCCCAGGAAAUUUUUAUAGUUAAAAACCGUAACUUAAAUGAAUGCUUUUUGUUUCCUUUUUAAAAUGUGUUUUGUAAAUAUGUGAUGUAAAUUAAUGUGCUCAAAUAGCUUUUUAAAUAUGGUAAAUUAUGCUUCAGUAUGUAUUUAGGUAUAUUACUGUUUUCAUUCUGUAUUCAGUAGCAUGAAAGAACAAAUGUAAAUAUUUGUGUUUAAACAAAGUUUAUACCUUAUAUGAAAUGAUGGAACUAUCAAUAAUUGAUGGCCAGCUAUGACUGUAAACUGUUAUACAAGUUUUGAGCUUUAGGCCUGCUGCAUAUCUGUAUAGAAGAAUUAAUUUAACAUGUAAGCUUGAUAGGAAGAAAGCUUUUAAUUUUACUUAUUACUAGUAAAAUCCUAUGAUUCCCUGCUUGCCAUCUAAAUCAUAGUUUAUGCAUAUUGCAUGUGCAUUUUAGAAAAAUCUUAAGGUUGUUGCAUAUCAUGAUAUACAGGAACUCUUACUUUAAUUGUCUGCACAUGUGCCACAAGUGUCAAUGUCAGGGAUUUUAUGCCUAAAACAGUGUGUUCAAGUCUGUGUAUUGUAGUUUGGUAGUAUCUUCUUUUUUAUUCCUAGUAAACAGCACUUUCAUUCCUCAAGAAUCAGAAGAGCCAAAAAUGUAUCUUCAUUGGAAGACAAAUGUUAAAGUUAAUUUUUUAAAGAAUUGAUAGUAAAAUAUAUUCCUAACCUUUGUAGGGUGGGAUUUUUAAAAGCACACUGUGGGCCUAACUGCUCCAUUGAUUAUGAUAGGAUCAAUGGAACCAGAAUUAAGCCAGUGCUGAGUGCUUUUGAAAAUCUCCCCCAUAAUAUAUUAAUCAGCAUAGAUAUUAAGGGCCUAAUCCUUUGAAGUGCUGAGCACUUCCUGUAAAGUGCUAAGCACCCUCAACUUCAUGACUUACAGUGAAAUUGAGGGUACUCAGGACUGAUCAGGAUAGAUCCCAGAUAAUUGUCUAUUUUUGUGGAAUUAAAUGCAUGAAUAUCUAGCCUCUAUGUUUUUGUUCAUCAUAAAUCUUAAUUUUCCUUUUGCUCUGCCUGUAUUGUUAUGCUAUCUAAUAGCAUCCCAUUCAGAAACACUAUCUUUGCCUAAUAUUUUUAUAUAUCCAUAGGUAAUAUGAUGUAAGGAGGUAGUCUGAAACACUUUUAUUUUCUCUGUUAAUACAACACAAAUCAGUUAAAUGUUGACCAAGAUGAUCUAUGAGAUUAUUUUGUGACUGUCACAAUCAUUCAGUGAUUUAGGAACCAAAGACUUUCUUCUGCUCCCCUGAAGAAUAAAAAACAGUAUAUUGAUAAAUUAUUUAUUAUAUAGUGUUCCUGCAAGAGUGCUGACAAGAAAUACCAAUCUAAUCUCACUGCCC